CUUGUUUAAUAAUAAAUAUAACAGUGGUUCCAUAAACAAAUUAUGGAUUUCGACAGUCCUGAUGUUGAAAAAGAUUUUCCUGGGUUAUAUGCUUCAGAAGGUGGAGAUGGAAAAUCUAAAAAGAGCAAAGAAGAUAGUGAUUAUAGUGAAGGUGAGCAUGAUAAAGUAGGUAAAAAAGAUCUACUAAUUUGUAGACGUAAAGAUAAAAAGGAUAAGGGAAAAGAUCGGGGAUAUGCAGCUUUAGAGGGCGAGAGUUCUCCGGAAGAGGAAUUGGAUGCAAAAAGCCCUUCGAAGGCAAAAAAGUUGAAGACAUUUAAAUUUAGUUCGUCCAAAAGCAAGGAGAAACGUGAAAAGUCGCGUGAUAAAGAUAAGUCCGAGAGGGAUUUACGGGAGGAAGAAAAGCCAAAGGAGAAGGAGAAAGCUGAAAAAGAGAAGGAGUUCAAAAAAAAAGAUAAAGAACGUAAAGAAAAAGAUAAGAAGGACAAAAUCAAGGAAAAGGAUAGAGAAAAGGAAAAAAAGGACAAGAAAAUUAAACAGGCGAGCAACGUUUCUGAAGAAGUGUUAGAAUUGGGUGAUGUUCAACCAGUAUUUGGUGUAUCAAUUAGUCUAGCAACGGAACGGAGUCGUUGCCAUGAUGGUGUCGAUUUGCCUCUUGUUGUGCGUGAUUGUAUUGACUAUCUUCAGGAAUAUGCAUUAAAAAAUGAUCAAAUAUACAAGGUAGAACCCUUGAAGACACGCUUACAACACUUUAAACGACUUUAUAAUAAUAGAGAACGUCAACCAGAUACUGAUGACCUCGAUAUGGCUACAGCAUGUGCUUUAUUGAAGUUAUUUUUACGGGAACUACCAGAACCGAUUUUGACGACAGAUCUAAUAUCUCGUUUUGAGGAUGCUGUAUCCAUUAAUUCCCAGAAUAAACAACAAGAUGAGAUUAAGCAACUGCUUGAUCAACUACCCAGUUGCAACAGAACUCUACUCACUUGGAUAAUACUCCACUUCGACUCGGCAAUUCAACAUGGCAAGCACAAUAAAUUAUCUAUUGAAUCGUUGGCGAUGUUAUUAAGCCCGUCAAUGCAGAUGUCGCAUCGUUUACUAGUAGCACUUUUAUCUCACAGUGCUGUAUUGUUUACAAAUGUGUCUCUUAUCAAAUAUGUGCCACCAAUAACACCAUCAAGUCCAAAACUUCCAGAAACUGUGGAAGAUAUUCAAAUAGAGCUACGUAAACAGGAAAGCCUACUUACUCAAAUUCAUGCCGAAAUGAAUGCUGGAUUUGUUUCUAAAAAACGAGAAGAACAAUUGUGGGAAGUACAGCGAAUUAUUACUCAACUUAAGCGUAAAUUACGUAGUUUUGAGAAGCGACAUGAGAAGUCUAUUGAAGAAUCACAAAUAGCCACUACAAAUGUAUUACAAAAUAUCAACGACACCACAGAUUCCAGCACCAUUGUACAAGGAGGGAAAAACAUUUUCAUGGAAACCGAUAAUAGCUCAACUAGCCAACACACGAAUUGCAGCUUCACAGAAGAACAAGCUCCAAAGAUAGUUAGUAUCACGCCAGAAAUCACAAUGGUAAAUACUUCAAUAACGCAUAAAGUGAAAACUCCGGUUGUGCAAGAGGACACAGAAAAUAUUCCGGAUUCAGAACAAUCACCGGUUGCCAAUGAUAAAUCACAUCCUGAUGGGCUUUAUAUUGAUGAAGAAUUGUCGUUCCUAAUGGUGCCAAAAACGCAUCCGGACUUUUCCCAACUGAUUCGCCUGCAAUUAGAAAAUCGCGAAUUACUUCUUUGGAAGGCGCAAUUGCAAGCACGUAUAACUGCCGAACGUGCCGAAGUUUUGCGACUUAAGCAGCAAUAUCAGCAGCAACUUGCUGCAUCAGGAGCCAGUAAGAAUAAUAUUGCUACUACAGCUUCAACUUCUACCAUUUCAGAUGAUGUAGUUGGUGACAAUGAAGAUUAUGAAAGAAUAAUUGAGCAUUACAUACGAGAAAACACCCUAUUGGAACAAAAAAAAGAAAUACUUGCGAAAGAGCUAUUUGAUGAGCGGCGCGAAUGUAUAAAUAUGCAGGUCGAGCUGGACUUGCAAAAAUUUUAAUCAAAAAAACCAAUGACUAGGUUUACUUUCGUAUAUGUUAUAUACGCGAAAAAUACGUACGUAUUAUGGAAUUUUUACUUCCAAGUUCAUUAAUCUUUAGAAUUUAAUCCCAAAACCAAAUUGUAUAUCCAUAUAAUUUAUUAAUGCUUUUUUUGUAUGUACAUAUGUAGUACAUAUCAAAUAAAUAAUUCACAAUUUAAUUAAUUUAUAUAAUAAUAUUAAUGAGAUUAUAAAUAUGUAUAUUGUUACAAAUACAUACAAUAAAAAUUAAUCGUAUCAGGUUAAAAAUUAUUCCAAUUGAUUGAAACAUUUAAAUUUAUCAAUGUAAAUACCUAUGAACAUGUAUGGGACUUGCAGAAAAUGGUAUAUGUUUCUUUAAUAGCGAGAACUCUAAUUUUAAUAACUAAUUUCAAAUUGUCCAUAUUUGCCUCCAGCGGUAUAUUAAAAUGCCGCCAACUUCAUGCGCCCUGAGUAUAUAAUAUAUGUAUAAAGAAACGUCAAAAGUCUGCAGCAAAUAUGUACAUUGCUCUCAAUUGCGCAGUCGCCGGCAUCUCUGCCGCGUAUGUCAAACCAUAGAACAUACAACCGUACCUAUCAUUUACCCACACCGUGUACAACGUGCUACUGACGUAUGGGAUGUUGUUGUUAUUGGGGCUCGGUCGACUUCGCUGCUUUCAUACUUGCAAAUUUAUUUUAGAAGACACAGAAGUACCCACUACUGUGAGUGUUUGUGCAUAAUCAGCAGCCAGCGAAGCAGGAAAAGAUUGUUGGAGAACUAUUUAACCUUGUAAGAUAUAGCAAAAUGUUGAAGCAAGUAACCAAACAAUUGGCCGUCCAAUCCGUGAGGGGUUUUGCCACUACAAAGCAA